AUGAGUACGUCAGGCGGGCAACAUAAACGGCAUUCCUCUGAUGGUGUCGACCCUUUCUCCCAUCCUGAUAUCUAUUAUGGCGAGAAGCAAGGAGUUAAAAAGGCUAUUCGCAGGAGAGCGUUGUCUUCGACCUUGAAAAGAUUUAAUGCCGAAGAUCUAGAGCACUUGGUUGCUCGUAGGGGUAGCCAUGACGAACAUUCAUAUUCGCGGAAAUUCCUUAUCGAUGUCGAACCGACUCUACAAGCCCUCCUUGACAGGGAAGAUACAGAUAACAAUAUGCAGAUUACCAUCGAGGACGCUGGCCCCAAGGUUCUCCACGUUGGCACAGCGGCAUCCUCCGGUUUUAGGAAGUCCGAUCUAAGGGGAACCUACAUGCUCUCCAACUUGCUUCAAGAACUUACGAUAGCAAAAGACUAUGGAAGAAAGCAAAUAGUCCUUGAUGAACAGCGUCUGAAUGAGAACCCUGUGAACCGACUGUCACGCUUAAUCCAAAACUCGUUCUGGAAGGCUUUGACCCGCCGAAUCGACGGUUCUAAUAUCGAAAUCGUAGGGAGAGAUCCCAAGGAUUGGACGAGUGACCCGAGGCCACGCAUUUACGUGCCAGCCGGCGCUCCUGAGCAGUAUGAAUACUAUAAAAAAAUUGCGGAAUCCCAACCCGAGCUGCGGCUGGACGUCCAACUCCUCCCAACUGGAGACAUCAGCCCUGAAUACGUGAGAGACCUGAACAGUAAGCCUGGAUUAUUAGCACUGGCCAUGGAAGAAUACGUGGAUCCGGAUACGGGAGAGAAAGACCUUCGAGGGGUACCGUAUGUUGUCCCCGGUGGCCGCUUCAAUGAACUGUACGGCUGGGAUAGCUAUAUGGAAUCCCUCGGUUUAUUGGUGACAGAGCAUGUCGAACUAGCGAGAGACAUGGUCGUGAACUUUUGCUUUUGUAUCAAACAUUAUGGGAAAAUCUUAAACGCCAACCGGUCAUAUUACCUGUGUCGGUCUCAGCCUCCGUUUUUGACUGAUAUGGCACUAAGGGUGUACGAUCGAAUUAAAUCACAGCCAGGGGCAAUGGACUUUCUCAAGGAAGCGAUCUUGGCAGCCAUUAAGGAAUAUCACAGUGUUUGGGUGUCCGAACCACGACUUGACCCGAAGACUGGAUUAUCCAGGUACCGACCCUCCGGCAUUGGGGUCCCGCCUGAGACAGAGCCAACCCAUUUUUAUCACAUACUUUUACCCUAUGCGAAGAAACACGGAGUUACAUUUGAUCAGUUUGUCGAAGGAUACAAUAGCGGUGAAAUAAAGUGCGCCGAACUAGACGAAUAUUUUUUGCAUGACCGAGCGGUAAGAGAGUCGGGCCACGACACAUCCUACCGACUUGAAAAGGUGUGCGCCAACCUUGCAACAAUUGACUUGAACUGCCUGCUAUACAAGUAUGAAAUGGAUAUCGCCCGUGUUCUACGUGAGCAUUUCAAGGACAAACUAUACAUCCCCCCCGAAUUCCGAACCCCUGAAACGGAAUCCAGGGAGUUUGAAAGCUCAUCUUUAUGGGAUCGCCGUGCAAGGAGGAGAAGGGCAGCAAUUGAUAAGUACCUGUGGAAUGAGGAAAAGGGGAUGUACUUCGACUAUGACACCGUCAAAGAACAUGCCACCAGCUACGAGAGUGCCACGACGUUUUGGUCAAUGUGGGCAGGUGUCGCGAACCCACGGCAAGCGGCUCUCCUUGUUAGCAAGGCUUUGCCAAAGUUUCAAGCCUAUGGUGGCCUUGUAUCGGGCACAGAGGAAUCCCGGGGUAAAAUUGGUCUCGAUCGACCAAAUCGUCAAUGGGACUACCCCUACGGAUGGGCACCACAGCAAAUACUCGCAUGGACCGGGCUCAUGCGGUACGGCUACCAAGAAGAAGCGGAAGAGUUGGCAUAUAAAUGGUUGUUUAUGGUUACAAAGGCCUUUGUCGACUUCAACGGCACUGUCGUUGAAAAGUAUGACGUUACUCGUCCUAUCGACCCUCACAAAGUCGAUGCAGAGUACGGAAACCAAGGCAUUGAUUUCAAAGGCGUAUCAAGGGAAGGGUUCGGAUGGGUCAAUGCGAGCUACGUGUAUGGGCUUCAAUUUUUGAAUGCCCAUAUGAGACGGGCUUUGGGCGCAUGCACUCCUUAUCAAACAUUCAAGGAUGCGACCAAUGCUGUGGAGUUCUAG